UUGUCUCUGGACCAAAGAGUAAAUUCUUUUGAUGUACUAAAACAAAAAUUAAUAUUUAGAAAAUAAUCCAAUUUAAUUAUUAAAACCAGAAUUUAAAAGAUUUUUUAACAUCAUAGUAAGAUAUUUUAAGUUACAAACUCAAAAAAUAUUAGAAGCUAUCCCCAGCGCUGUAAAUAAUAUUUAAUUUAAGUAUUUGUGUGCGUCAAGAAAACAAUUUACAAUGUUUAUAAGUAAAACAUAGCCAAAAAAUGAGGUGUUGUGUCCGAAACUGUGGUAACGAUACCAAGAAAACAACUAAGAGCCAUGGAAUCACGUUUCACAUGUUUCCCAAGGAAACGAAUCUCAGGAAUGCCUGGAUGGAGGCGUUGGGUAUUACCGAAGAGCCCAGAGAUAGAAGUGCAGUGUGCUCGGAACACUUCCAGCAAGAGUCGUUCUACGAGACCAGACGUGGGUUGAGGAGGAUCAAGAGUGGUUCAGUGCCGCUGCCAUUGGAUGAGUCUGAUGAAGAUUUGGAUGCUCCCGCCACACUGAGGGUGUGCAGAGUGUGUCUGUCCAUGAACGUGACAAUGUAUCACAUGUCGGAGAAGAACUUGGGCCUGAUGUACGAACAGACAGUCGGUAUGCCGAUAACCGCAAACGACAGACUACCACAGAAGCUGUGUUGGGAGUGCGUGGCCAGGCUGACUUCUGCGAGCCACUUCCAGAGGAAGGCCAUGAGGUGUCAGACCUUACUGACCAACAGACUCGAGGUGGAUCGAUAUAUAACUAUAAGAGACAUUAAAUCAAUAAGCCGUGCGCAUCAUCAUCUUAAAUCAAAUUUGGGUCAAAAAAUAUAUGAAACAAAUGAAUACGAUGUAGUUUUGAACGAGCACGACACUGAGCCCGUUAAAACGGAGGAAGUCAACGAUUGUAAUGGAAUUAAUGAUGAUAACGGUAUUAACGAUAACGAUGACAAUGGAAUAAAUAACGAUGAUGAUUUUAAUAACGACAACGGAAGCAACUGUGACUUCAAAUGUGAAGUCGAAGUGAAAGACGAACAAGCAAACAAUGAAAUAUUUUUCGAAGAGUAUCCAGUUUUUGAUGAAAGUGAUAAUGUAACUUUGAGUGAAAUGUAUAAAAAAGAUAAAGUGAAAAAGAAGAAGCAGGUAAAGAAAGUUAAGCAGACGAAAGAGAAGGUUAAAAGGAGAAAAGAUGACUGUGAUAAUCCUUCCAGUACUAUGGACAAGUACAAAAACUCCGAUGUGAAGCGUAGAAAAACAACAGACAACCUAGACGAGUCUCUCUUCACAAUCACUACCCUCACAUACGAGGAACAAAUAGCGGAAAUACAGACGCGACAAAACACCGCCUCAUACAAGAGCGCGCCCUACAAAUGCGGCGCAUGCUACCGCGGCUUCCAUGUGCGGGACCGGUACGAUGCGCACGUCAUCCGACACAGCGAGCAAAGCGGCGCCUACGAGUGCUUCAUAUGCAAGACACGGUUAAAGACUGGGCGCGCGCUACGCAAGCAUCUCACCGCGCAACAUACAGAGAAGUUUAGUUGUAAAGGAUGUCCGUUUGUCACUAGAAACAGAGGAGUGGCGAGAGAGCACGAGAAAUGGCACGCGGGAACGAAAUACCAAUGUCCGCACUGUCCUAGCGAGUUCGAUAAACUGACCACCUACAUGGGCCACAUACGUAUCAAGCACGUGUCGGACUUCGUGUGCGAGCUGUGCGGCUAUACGUUCGUGAGCAAGAAGGGCAUAGACGUGCAUAAGAAGAAAAAGCAUAGACUAGCGGAGAAGAAUGUCAGUUUGGAUGGUCCGUACUGCGAAGUGUGCGAAGUGAAGUUCGUAUCGGAGGACGCGCAUUCGAGACACCUGAAGUUGUCCUCCCGACAUAGCAGCGACAACGAUCCUAAUCGCAUACGCAACGACUCGCAAAGUAUGAACACGGAGAAGAACGGGCGCGUCAUGAGGAAGAUAGAGAGGCGGCCCACCAUUCACCCGCGGACCAGCAUGGCGGGCCCCGACGGCGCUCCGGUCACUUGCGAACAGUGCGGGCUGCAGCUGCGCGACCUGCGCCUGUACGCGCAGCACUUCCGGCGCGCGCACCCCGACAAGAACCGCACCAAGUACCCCGCCAUGAAGACGCCGUGCAUGUGCGAGCAGUGCGGGCGGAUAUUCCAGAGCAUGGCCCUGCUGAAGGACCACAUGUGGGUGCACACCGGCGAGAAGCGCUUCAAAUGCGACCGCUGCGAGAAGAGCUUCACUCAGAAGACCAACCUAGUGUUCCACAUGCGCGUGCACAGCGCCACGCGCCCGACCUACGAGUGCCCGCUCUGUGGGAAGCACUUCGCCUUCUUCAACAACAGGCGGCGACACAUGUUUAUCCACACGGGGCUGAAGCCGUUCAAGUGCGACACGUGCGGCAAAUGCUUCACGACGUCGGGCGAGCAGCGCGCUCACGUGGAGCACGUGCACCUCAAGAAGCCGUGGCCAAAGCGCGCGCGCGCCCGCCACUGCGACGACGCGUGGCAGAAGUGCGGCCUGCGACACGUUGAAGACUAAC